CAAGACUAGGCUGGUCACGGGUGGAGCAAUUCAAGACUUCCUUCCUGUGUGUAAGUGCAGUGUCUGCCAAGCUUUGCCAAGUAGUUUCAGAAUGCAAGGAGCUAGAGCCAUGGCAAAAUUUCGACUUGCCUUGGUACAACUUUCGGUAUCUCCUGUAAAAUCUGAUAACCUAAAAAGGGCGCAUAAGCUAAUAAAAGAAGCCGUACAACAAGGAGCACAAAUUGUAGCGCUGCCAGAAUGCUUUAAUUCUCCCUAUGGAAACAAUUUUUUCCCUGAAUAUGCAGAGAAAAUUCCAGGAGAAUCCACUCAAAGACUUUCAGAAAUAGCCAAGGAAUGUGGUAUAUAUCUUAUUGGAGGUUCAAUUCCAGAAGAGGAUGCUGGCAAAUUAUAUAACACAUGCACUGUGUUUGGUCCUGAUGGAACACUGUUAGUUAAGCACAGGAAGAUCCAUCUGUUUAAUAUUGAUGUUCCUGGGAAAAUUCGCUUCCAAGAGUCAGAAACUCUUAGCCCUGGAGACAACUUCACAUUGUUUGAUACCCCUUACUGCAAAGUUGGUGUAGCUAUCUGCUAUGACAUCAGGUUUGCAGAACUUGCCCAAAUAUAUGCCAAGAAAGGUUGCCAGUUGUUGGUUUACCCAGGAGCAUUUAACAUGACAACUGGCCCAGCUCAUUGGGAACUUCUGCAGAGAGCACGCGCUCUAGACAAUCAAGUCUAUGUGGCAGGUGUGUCUCCUGCUAGAGAUGAAAGUGCAUCCUAUGUGGCGUGGGGCCACAGCACUGUUGUUAGUCCAUGGGGUGAGGUCAUAGCUAAAGCUGGUGCAGAAGAAAAAAUCAUCUCUGCUGACAUUGACUUAGAAUAUCUUGCUGAGAUUCGUCAAAAUAUACCUAUUAAUAAUCAACGUCGCACUGACCUUUACAGUGUUGAAGAAAAGAAGCUUUAAGAUACACUGAAUUUAUAAAGUGUGUGCUGAUGAAUGAAGCUUAGUUCUGUAUACAGCAAACUACCUUUUAUUUGAUUAUCCUCCUCCUGGUCCAGAAAAAAUAAAUACAUUGAUAAUUGCAUAUUAAAAAAAAUUCCUGUAAUAAUAAACUAAUAAUAUAGAAAAAAUACACAUUAAGUAUUUUAAAAACUAUUGUUGGUUACAAUUACAUACUUAGGAAAAUCUAAUGCUUAAAGGUCUGUAAACAAAAAGUAAAUUAAUCAGAUUUUACAAAAUUCAAGCUCAAACAUAGAGUAUUAUUUACCCUGCUGAUUUUAAGCUGAACAUGGGCUGGUAAGGCAGUCACCGGAAGUGCAUUGCCACUCCAUAAGUUAAAUACAAUUAUAUGCAACGUCUUUCUGUCCUUUUAUAUUCCCCUUUUUUUAAGUUGUUUUACAGAAAUAUGAAAAUUUGCACAAUAAAAUUGUUACAAAGGUAUAUUAACUCGACAAUCAAUAAAGAAGUUCAAUAAAGUAA